GAAGGCAUCGUUAAGUUGUCCUUUCAGUUUGGGCAGUCUGGCUUGUGUUGAUACAUCAAUAAAGAUCCAUCCUUAACCCACCCGUUCAUACUUAGGACACUUUCUUAUUUGGGGAACGAAACCACCAGCUGAGAAAAAUGAAGCUGUCCUUCGUGGGUGCUGCUUUGUUGAUUUCUGUGAUCAGCACCAAUGCCCAGCAUUAUAUUCCAGAUCUUCCACCUCCAUGGCCUUUUAGACAGUUUGGCUUAGCAGGGAACCCUGGCUUCAGGAGUGAUGCGUAUGUUGGAAACUCUAUUCCAUGGCACCCUCCAUUUUGGUUUCCUAGGCACUUUGGCUCAGCAUGGCCUUUUAGACACUUCGACUCAGCAGAUCGCGUUAGGCCUGAAAAGCUGAUCCAUUUGAUGAGUAAAUUAGUUGAAGUCUGCAAAAAUAUCUUUGACCAACAGAGGCAUUGGGAGCCCAGAAGGAAACCUUUGAGAAUAAUCUCAACUCUUAAAGUAUGCUGUGGAAGUCCUUUGAACCUGCAUCGUCGGCUUUACCUAUCCACCUAUGGCUACCUUGGUUUUCCACAAGGCUACCCGUUUUAUCCUCAAGGCUACCCUAGUUACCCUUCAGACUAUUCUGAUGUAGGCACUGCUGAACAACUGUUACCUGUUGCUGCAGAACCAUUUGCGCCUGUUGUCCCUCAUUACUAUCCACCCUCUUCUAUUUAUCCUGAAAUAGCUUCACCUGACUAUCCCAGCACACAAGAGUCUAAACACUGGAAUCCGCCUGUCAUGGAUAACUAUCAUCGUUCACUUCCCCAAGAACCUUUCUUUGCACAACCUCUAUCUGCUGCCCAACUACAAACUGGGUCUAUUCCCCCUGCUCUUCAUUGGCCUCAAUAUUCUGCUGGUCCUUCAUUGUCUCUCCCUCCUCAAUCUGUCCCUCCUGCUUUUGCACAAAAUUCCCAUGCUCUCUUUGCACAACAUGCCACUGGUCCCUUGAUAAAAGGUACCCAUGGUGCUUUUGGAGAACAUAUUCGUUCUACUGUUGUCUCUGCACAACAUGCCCAUUCAGUUUUUGUACAUCCAGACCCUGCUGUCUUUACAAAACCUGACCCUGCAGUGCCUGCACAACCUGAGUCUGUUGUCACUGUACAAUCUAACUCUGCUGCCUCUACACAAUCUGACACUGCUGCUGCUGCUGUACAAUCUAACCUGGCACCUUCUACACAAUCUGAACUUGCUACAACUGCACAAUCUAAUACUACUGCCUCUACACGACCUGACACUGCUGCCUCUGCACAACAUGCUUCUGUUGACUCAGCACAACGUAUCCCUGCUCCCUUAGCAAAACAUACCAAUGUUUCUGUGGCACAACGUAACCAUGCUGCCAGGACACAACGUACCCGUGUUGCCUCUAGACGACGUGUCCCUCCAACCUCUGCACAAAACGUCCAUCCUGCCUCUGCACAACCUGUCCCCACUGCUGCCGUACAACCUAACCUGGCUGUCUCCACACAACCUAACACUGUGGCCUCCAUACAACCUACCCCUGCUCCCUUAGCAAAACGUACCCAUGAUUCUGUGGCACAGCGUAACCGUGCUGGCAAUAGACGACGUGUCCGUCCUACCUCUGCACAAAGUGUCCGUCCUGCCUCUGCAAACCCUGCCCCUGCUCCUGCUGUACAACCUAAUGUGGCUGCCUCCACACAACCUGCCCCUUCUCCCUUAACACAACCUACCCCUGCUCCUUCAGCAAAACAUACCCCUGCUGCCUUGGCACAACCUGACACUACUGACUCACCACAACCCACCCCUGCUCCCUCAGCAGAACCUACCCCUGCUCCCUUGGCAAAACAUCCCCCUGUUGCUAGGGCACAACGUACCCGUGUUUCUGUGGCACAACGUACCCGUGCUGCCUCUAGGCGACGUGUCCCUCCUACCUCUGCACAAAGUGUCCGUCCUGCUUUUGCACAACCUGCCCCUGCUGCUGAUGUACAACCUAAUCUUGCAACCACCACACAACCUGACCCUGCUGCCUUGACACAACAUGCUUUUGCUCCCUUGGAAAAACCUACUCCUGCUCCCAUAGCAAAACAUGCCCCUGCUGACUCUGCACAAUCUGACACUGCUUCCUUGACACAAUAUGCCUCUGCCGACUUAAUACAACCUACCCCUGCUCCCUUGGCAAAAUCUACCCCUGCUCCCUUGGCAAAACAUCCCCCUGCUGCCCUGGCAAAGCAUGCCCCUGCUGCCAGGGCACAACGUACCCAUGUUUCUGUGGCACAGCGUAACCGUGCUGCCAGGACACAACGUAACCGUGCUGCCACUAGACGACGUGCCCGUCCAACCUCUGCACAAAGUGUCCGUCCUGCCUCUGUGCAACCUGCCCCUGCUCCCUUAACACAACCUACCCCUGCUCCCUCAGCAAAACAUACCCCUGCUGCCUCGGCACAACCUGACACUGCUGACUCACCACAACCUACACCUGCUUCCUCAGCAGAACCUACCCCUGCUCCCUUGGCAAAACAUACCCCUGCUGCCUUGAUACAACAUGCCUUUGCUAACUCAGCACAAACUACUCCUGCUCCCUUUGCACAAGCUACCCCUGCUCCCUUGACAAAACAUACUUCUGCUGUCUCUACACAAUAUGACACUGCUGCCUUGAUACAACAUGACUCAGCACAAUCUUUCCCUGCUCCCUCAGCCCAACCUACACCUGCUCCUUCAGCAAAGCAUACUCCUGCUGCCUCAGUACAACCUGACACUGCUGGCUCAGCACAACGUACCCCUGCUCCCUCGGCAAAGCAUACCCCUGCUGCCUUGGCACAGCCUGACACUGCUUCCUCUGUUUCAUCUGCUACUCAGUCUCCUAAUACAUCCACAUUGCAUGCCUCUGGAGAACCUGAAUCUGCAGCUUCUGGAACAACCAGUAAAUCUGGUAAAAAGAGUUCUGCCUCCAAAGUUCAGGAAAUCUGAAUCAAAGCAUCCCCUACAAAAAUGUACGCCAAUCUACCAACUACAUUUUGUGAGAAGAAAAUCCAGAGCCACCUCCCACAGUUUCUCUUUCCAGCUUCCAUAAUUUCUUCCUAACCAAGGUUCAAAUGGGGAACUGCAAAUGUCUUCAAAAGGCUCCAGCAAUUAUAUUUCUUUCUGUUGAUUUGGGGUCACUUUCUCUUAAUUGUGAACACUGGUUAUUCUGCAAUAAUAAGCAUUUAGAAAUAAAUAUGUGCAGCAUUAUCAUAA